UCGGAGCUAACCUGCCUAUGGGGCUGGGGGCUGGGAGCUGGGAGCACACGGCACCACGCAGGGCCACAGAAGGAAGCACCACUGUUUCUCAGGAAGCAGAGGGAGAGGGGGACCUGUGGCGAGAACCUUUACCAUGGUUUCCACAGGAAGGAAACAGUGAGCAGGCUUUACUCCCGGGCCCUGGGAACCCAAGAGAUCACAGAGGCUGGCAGCAUGGGGCACAGAGUCAGGCAUGUGUGUGCAAAUGCGGCAGCCCCUGCAGGGCACCUUCCAAGUACUUCGUGGGGACGGCACUUCUGUGGGGACUGUCAUCGUGUUCCACUGCCUCUCGGGCCACCAGAUGGUGGGGUCUGGCCUCCUCACCUGUGCCUGGAAGGGAAACAUCGCUGAGUGGUCUUCAGGGACCCCCAUGUGCAAGACUGUGCCCCCCUACGAAACCUUUGGCUUCAAGGUGGCUGUGAUCGCCUCAGUCAUCAGCUGCGCCAUCAUCAUGCUCAUGUCCAUGGCCUUCCUCACCUGCUGCUUAGUGAAGUGUGUGAAGAGGGGUGAGCAGCGGCGAUCCGACAGGGCAAACCAACUGUGGCUCCAGCUGAGAGGCGAGGAUUUGGAGAUGAUGCAGGCUCCCUACCUCGGCCUUAAGGGCGUCAACAGUGACAGCAGCAUUAGUGGAGGGUCCAGGAUCCAGCCUGUCCAAGUGCACGACAAUCGCAGCUUCACCACAGACCUUGGCGAGGGUACCAGAGAGCUGGCCAGCGUGGCCCGAGGCAUGGACAAGGACUUCUGGACCGCUAGUGGCCCCACCAGCUCACCCCAUGCCCAGGUGAUGGUGCAUACAGCAAACCCAGGGCAGAUCCUGCCUCCCUCCAGGCCAACUGUGAUGCUCAGACAGCCUGCAGCCUAUGUCCCAGGGUGACCAAAGCAGAGACCAGAGCCUGCCCUCCACAGUGGGAAGGCCAGGACGACCCUACCAGCUGACACCUGCAUCUCGACAUGUGUCCAGCUCAAGAUUGGUCAGUGAAAUCAGCUUCCGGGCUUAGAGAUCCCUCAGAGCAUUGAGUUGGGGACCCUCUCAGGGGGUGACCUGUCCCAGGGGAGCCCAGCCAUAGCUGUUUUUAUAGACAGGGCUCCUUGAAACCACCACUGAGGUUCACAAAACCAGCUGCAGCCUCCCUCUAGUGAGGCUCCUUUGAAGAGACUGGAGGACAUUUUAGGCACGUCUAGUUUUGCAUAGCAGAGUGGAGGAGAUGACAGCAGACUCAACAGUUACAGCUGGCUGCCUUGUACCUACAAGCAGAGACCCAGCUGGGAUGCUGCAUCCAUUAUCUGUAAAGUUGUGGUAAGGGGUAUGAAAUAAACAAUUUUUUGAAAAACAAUAAAGGUAAGAAUUACUGUCUCAGUUUUCAA